AUGAUCAUUCUUUAUUGUGAUCAUCAUCAUCAUCAUCAAUCGGCAGUCUAUGAUGAUGAUGACUGUGCAAACAAACAAACUCUUGUCGACAACAUCUCUGUACUUAAGUUAUACAGUAUGAGUUGGUUUGGAGGAUUUCUAGGUGGUAAUGCACGUGAAACGAUUAUGCGUGGAGUUGGGGCAGUCGCCAAUGUCGAUCGUACUUCAAACAUCAAUGCAGAGGGUCUACUUGACAAGGUUGCAUUGGAGACAUUGCCAGCAGACGAGAGAAAGCAAGCUCUCAAUCAAUUGACUGCUGUUGGUAAAAAUGGGUUCCAAGCAGUUGGAUCUAAAAUGUCAGUAUUGACAGCAUUCUUAAAGAAAUAUAAAGAUGAUAUUGAAGUUGUCAGAGAUGUAGUUGAAACUCUUACUUGUGUAAUGACCUGUCAUCCAAAAGAUGAUAAUAUUAUUCAAAUUCAUAAUACAGAGUUAUUCUUGAAUGAUAAAGAGACAUUUGUAUUGUUGUGUGAUUUGUUGACUCUACACGAUUACUAUGUUCGAUACUAUAUUGCUAGAUUCUUAAAGGUUGUCCUUGACAAUCGUUUUGAAUCAGUUCAAGAGUUGAUUCUAUCGUGUCCAAUGUCUGUUCCAAAUAUCGUUUUAUUAUUGAGUGAUACUAGAGAAGUUGUUCGUAAUGAGAUUAUAUUGGUAUUAUACAACUUGACAAAAUCAAAUCAAGAGAUUCAAAAGAUUGUUGCAUUUGAAGGAGCAUUUGAUGUAUUAUUGGAUAUUAUAAACAAAGAAGGACAAUCUGAAGGUGGAAUCAUUGUAAAUGAUUGUAUUCAAACAUUGAUCAAUUUAUUAAAAUCAAAUGUUUCAAAUCAAAAUUAUUUUAGAGAGACUGGAUGUAUACCAAGAGUAGCACCAUUAUUACAAGUACAAAAUACAGACAUGUGGAUAUUAUCAGAUAACAAGUUUAACAUUAUCAUGUCAUCGUUGGAAUUAAUCUUGACAUUGGUCGAACGCAACAAUAUUAGCACACCAUUGAACCAGAACCAGAUAUCGCAGAGUGGUGGUGCAGGCGCUGUUGGCGACCAAGCGUGCCGACCCGCCCGUCGACCCGAUGGUGCGUGUCGGCUUGCUCAAGCUGCUCGCCGUGUGGUUGGACCACGCACCCAAGGCAGCACGCGAGCUGCUCUCUAG